GACGUAAUGACCAGGCACUUCAGGACAAUCUACUCCGCUGGUAUCGGAGCCGGUCACCCGAUGUCAAUAUCGGUUCGGGGCCCUCCAUCGCGCCGCCCCUCCCCGCUGGCCGGGGAGACGUCCUCCGCGCGUACUCGGGCGUCUGGCCUGGCGUCACUCGUCAGUGUGCCACCGGCGCAGGUCCCGUCAGCACCGUUCCAGCGGCCUCCCGCAGACAGAGCGACCAGCGGCGAGCCAGCGCACACCGAGAGCCCCCCGCACUGCUCGGACCGUCGAGCCGCCGGAGCCGCCGCCAUCGGUGCCUGGGUCAGCCGCAGCCCGCCGAUCAUGGAGCAGUCCGAGAUCGGGGUCAGCCGCAGCGCGCCGGUCAUGGAGCAGUCCGAGAUCGGCCACCUGCGAGACGUCUGGCAGCUCGUCGAGCCCGACAAGGUCAACCACGGCGUGGAAAUCCUCAUCAGGCUGUUCGACCGUUUCCCGGAGACCAAGGCGAAGUUCAAGCGUCUGAACACGAGCAGUGCCGAGGCGAUGCGCCAGUCGGCGCGGGUGCGCGCGCACGCCGGCCGCGUGCUCGUCUCGCUGGGCUCGGUGAUCGCCAGCCUGGAGGACGCCGAAAUGGUGGACGAGACCAUCUUCCUGCUGGGGGAUAGUCACAACCGGCGCGGCGUCACACCCGACGACUUCCAGAAAUUUACUCUGGUGAUGCUGGAUUAUCUUUCUGAAACAUUAGGCGACGCCUAUCCUGAGGAGGCCGCGGCGGCUUACAAGAAACUCAUGGAUAUCUUCAACACGAAGAUGGGUCAACAUUUGAACAAACUGAGUGACGCGGACCUGCAGGCGAUCCGCUCCGUCUGGACCCUGGUCGAGCCCGACAAAGUGCAGCAUGGAGUCGAAGUGCUCAUCAGGCUGUUCGACCGUUUCCCGGAGACCAAGGCGAAGUUCAAGCGUCUGAACACGAGCAGUGCCGAGGCGAUGCGCCAGUCGGCGCGGGUGCGCGCGCACGCCGGCCGCGUGCUCGUCUCGCUGGGCUCGGUGAUCGCCAGCCUGGAGGACGCCGAAAUGGUGGACGAGACCAUCUUCCUGCUGGGGGACAGUCACAACCGGCGCGGCGUCACGCCCGACGACUUCCAGAAAUUCACCGUCGUCUUCCUGGACUACCUGACGGAGACUCUGGGAGACUCUCUGACGCCUAACGCCGCCGCCGCCUACCGCAAGCUGAUGGACUCCUUCAACAGCAAGAUAGGGGAGCACCUGGACAGCUAGCCGGUGCCGGCCAGCCGCCCGGCUGCUCCGCCGCUAGCUCCCAGUGGUGUCUGGGCCGCGGGCCGCUGCAGUGCUCGGCGCCGCUCCGUCAUAGUGCACUGUUAAUAGAUUGCGGUGCUCGGGGGUACGCCGCAUACCUGAAGGAACACCUGUUACUGCAGCAGUUUUUACACAGCUUUAUCGACCACUGCUAGUGUGUGGAACGUAUUGAGAAGUAUUCAAGGGGCGAACGUUGAGAGAGAACCCAAGGUCUUGCAUUGUUACUCAAUGAACAACUUCCAUGUUUACUAACAACUUAUGAAUGAAUGCAUUUCAAUGACUUUAAAUAAAAUAACUUCGAUACGA